AUUUUAGUAUUCUUACAAAAAGUGAUGCAUUAUUAAAAUAGAGUUAAUCUAUGCUAAAACUAAGACUAAAUAUGAAGGGUAUUCUCGAAUUAGUAUUAUAUGCUAGCAUAAUAUGGGUUUCAUUCAUAAAAUUCCAUAUGGAACAGCUUACGGCCCGAUUCCAAUUUUAAGAUACGUCAAAUUUUAGGUCUAGAUAGGAAUCGGAUAUGUCAAUGUCAAAAAAGACGUUUUUUUUGUAAGAAACUUCACUUUUGGCACCGACAUAUCCGAUCCAUAUCAUACCUAGACCUAAUGUGAUGAAUCUUAAAGUUUGAAUCAGGCCGUUAAUCCGCAAAAAGUACCUAAGUAGAGUCAGACCAAGACAAGUCUGCAACGAUUUUGUUAGCACACGCAGUGCAAGUGUUAUUUUAAACGUCAAACUUCUAUAACAUUAUGACGUAUAAAUAACACUUUUACUGCGUGUGGUAUCAAAAUCGUUGCAGACUUGUCUUUGUCUGACCUUACCUACAUACCCGUAAGAUUGAAAACGUCAUGUAGCUCACAGUAUGAAUAAUUGAAUUGAUGAUGUCAAUAUUAAGUCAUUCAAUGCUGUUUGACAUCUAAUCUGCAUUCUUUUUCGCUGACGUACAGAAAAAAGACGUUAUCACGGUACCAGAAUAUUAAGAACAUAAUUAAGUAGAUUCUAAUUAACUUCAUCUUACUAUUCCCAGUAUAAGUCAUUAACAAUAAAAAUAAUUAAGAAUAGUUCAUACUUCAAAUCAUAGAAAACUUCAAAUCUCUCUUUGCAAUCGCUUGAGUUUUAACUUCAAAUUAAUUACACAAGUUUGUUCAACAUUGCCUUUCGUUGACUGUUCUACCUUCGAACUCAAUUUUCUUUUAUUUUAGUUACUGACUUUACAGAAAUCCCGGUGACCUACCCAGACCUUGAUUUCUGGAUAAUACAAGCGGGCAAUGUUAACUUCUCAUGCUAAAUUCCAAAGCGAAAGCUUCCAAAAAUUUAUACGUUACGAGGGUUUCAUAGGACAAGUUUGUUUAAUACCUUUGCCACCGAGUAAAAGACAAAAAAAUCCACCAUGCCAAUUCAAUAAAAAUAUUAACUGUAAAACAUUAGAAAUCAAAUCCAUAAGAAAGUUUUAAGUAAGAAACAGACUAGUUAAAUGUCUAAUUAUAUUACGGCAAAAAAUAGAUGAAAACAAACGAAAACAUUAAAUCAAUAUCUAUUAACCUACUGACUGAGACACAAUAACACUAAAAAACGGUAACGCCAUUUCAAUUUUCUCAAACGGUUUGACCAACAUGACGACAACAAUCAGAUGGUCCGGAAACAUUUUUAUCAGAUCGUAUUGGCGCGGCGGUGCUCACCGGUGGCAUUUCCAAUUCCAAUAAGGCCGGUUGAAUCGUCUACAUUUUAUUCCUCUGGCCCAGACCAUCGUGGCAGUAUGCUACGCGCCGUGGCCUACGCUAGUCGCCUUAGAAAAACUUACGCUACGCUGACAGCUGUAGCCGCGCGGCGGGACUGAAAAUUUAAAAAUGGAAUAUUUUAAAUUUAACGAACUUUUUUAAAUCUUCAACAGUGGCUGUAAACUUUUAUAGUUAAUUUAUAAGUGAACGAAAUAUGUCAAAACGGACGUUAAGAGUGGUGACGCGAGUGGUUAAAAUAUAAUUUUUCAAAUGAACGGAAGUGUUGACCUCAAAUUUUAUGUAUGAUUUAUUCAAGACCUUGGACAAAUUUAAUUUUGCUCAUGGCAAUUAAAAUGGUGCUGUGUGGGGCAGGGGUGGCGGGCGACGUGUUGACGAACGCGAAUCGCGAGCGCCGGACGCCUCGACAGCAUCACCGCGCGCCUAUAGAAGAAGAGUGGAAAAGAUCGCAUUGGCGCGAGAUGCAUCAACUCUUGGUGUAUGAGGCCAGGAACCACAGCGACGGCGUGGACUGCUGCCCUACAGUGCACGAGAUGACCGCGCCUCAGGGCGGCCGCACCCUCAGCGGGCUCUUCGUGGAGCUCUACCGAGACGGCGAGAACAACAUGCAGCUCUACGAAAUCUCUUGCGCAGCGGGCGUCGUCGACAAGCCAUGCCGGUUCGUUGACGCCAGACUCUACAACCAGUCUCGGUGCGUCCAGAAAUACUCCUAUUCGUACGCUUUAGUGCGGCCUUACGGCCCUGACGCCGCUACGGAAAACCCGCAUCGCCACAGGAGGGAGCGACAAGGAAUGGCCUUCAAAAAAGACGGCGAAAUCACCGUCUCGGGUGGCUGGUCCAUGGACUACGUCCAAGUUCGCUCCGGUUGCGAAUGCCAAAUCAUCCCCACUCUUAAGCCGAGGAAAAAAAACCAGCACAAAAACAAAAUAGAACGGCGGGAGGGGAAAAAAACGAAAGAACUCGUGAGAGAAAGAAAGAAAUACAAGCAAGGCGACGAGACCUGAUUGUGGAACUCAGUGCUAGUGUAAUCCAGUGGGACUUUGAACAAAUUUACGAGGGUUUAUCUCGACUUAGUAUUACGGGAGUGUCUUCGUAUCUAGUUUUUGUGAUUUAGUCUACCGAUGGUGGGCCAAGGACAGUUUAGUUUUAAGUGAUUAACUAGAUGCGGAGACAUUUGAGCUAGAUUACAAGACGAUGUGACUCAGAUGUUCCAAAGCUAAAUACAUCACGAAAGUUGCGCUUGUGAUUAUGGAGGUAGCAAAUAAUUACUUGCGGGGGUCACUUUCACAGUUCGCAGUAGCAGUAAAUAUUAUGGCUACUGACGACCCAACUAACCACUACAGAAAAUUUAUAGUCUAGCUACUUAUCGCUAACUUCUUAGGCCCAGGAGCCAAUUGCAUACUCAAGUACUUACAUAGUUACAGAUAUUAGUAAGAAGUCUUUUAUCCAGCUUGUACUUCUUUACCCCUCUUUUAUAUGUCGCAGUACGAUCGAUAAAGCCGUUAUAUAGUUAUAACCCUAGGGACAUAAUUAUAUGUCGUAACAUAGUUAUACGAAAGCGAUUCAUUACUAUCUUACUAGGAAUAUAACUAUAAUACGUCUUUAGUUUAGUGAUAUAGUUAUAUUGCUGGAUUCAGUUGAGUGAAAUAAUUGUAGGUAGGAGUGCGGCGAUGCGGCGGAGGUAUAGUUAUAUCCCUAGGGAUAUAGUUAUAUGCCGUAUAAUACGCAUUAUAAUCAUAUUCCUAGUAAGAUAGUAAUAUUUUACUAGGAAUAUAACUAUUAUACGUUUCUAGUUCAGUAAUAUAGUUAUAUUACUGGAUUAUGUUCAGUAUUAUAAAUUUAUAAUUGUAGCAGUCUAGUGCGAGGGUGCGGCGGAGUCGGCGGCGGGGGCUUCCCCGCACGUCGCUCGCCAGUCGCUGCCACAAGCAGUCAUUCGGCAUCAGUUUUUCGACGUUCACGUCACGCCAGCUUUCGUGAAUCGACCUGUACUUUUACGUAAUAUUGCUAAAAAGUAUUACAACUAAUUGCAACCAACAAAGUUGAUUUUGCAAUAAAAAUAAAAACGAAUGUACUUACUGUUUUCUUUGAUUCCCUGGCAGAUUUAUAACCAUUUAACCACAUUAGUUUAGUCAAAUACUGUAUUAUAGUUAUAUUCCUAGUAAGAUAUUAGUAUCUUACUUGGAAUAUGAUUAUAAUACGGCAUAUAUAACUAUAUCCCUAGGGAUAUAACUAUACCUCCGCCGCACUCCUACCUACAAUGAUUUCACUAAACUUAAUCCAGUAAUAUUACUGGAUAUAGUUAUAUAACUAUCAGUUAUAUAACUAUAUCACUAAACUAAAGACGUAUUAUAGUUAUAUUCCUAGUAAGAUAAUAAUGAAUCGCUUUUUUUAAUGUUACGACAUAUAAUUAUAUCCCUAGGGUUAUAACUAUAUAACGGCUUUAUCUAUCGUACUGCGACAUAUAUAUCGGUUUUGUACAGGUUAUCAAUUCACAAGAGUUAGUUUUCUUCAAAUAAUUACCGUAUAAUGUCAUUUAGAACCUCAUGCUUACUUCUGCGGAGUUCUUUUUAAUCCUGAAAAAUGAAUUAUUAGUAAAAUAUGCACUGGAUUCUGUUUUAUUUCGUCUUGUAAGAGUACGUUAUGUUACCGAUGCGACAUGUCAGGUGUAAGCUUGGUUGUAAGAGCCUAUCGGUUGAUUGUAUCUAUUGUAUUUAUUUUCGGAAUUUCGUCUAUAUAGUUACGCUUCUUGUUAGUGUUGUAUAGUUGAUCUUGAAUGAAUAAAACGGGACGAUCUGCGGUGCCUUGUGGAACUGAUGUGCCUUAAAUACCAUUGUUAACUGUUAAUUGUUAAACAUACUUUGUUUAAUGUUUAGAGGACUUCAUUUGACAUAAAUUGUAAAUUCAGAUAGACAAUUUUUUUUACUAACAAAUUUUAUAAUAUGUAUUGUGGAAAUAUCACAAGUAGUGAAGAGAAUAAUUCAAACAAUACAGAAUUAAAAAAUACAUUUGAUAUUUCCGUAGAUGUUGCAAUUCAGUAUCAUGCUACUAUACAUCACUCGGCAGAUAUGUUCCAUUCAUUAUUACGCUCUCUUCCUCUUAAAAUUAAGAAUAUUUAUUCAAAGUUAACAUUUUAGAUUUUUGUUAUCAUUGUAGCGGUACUUACUACGCUAGGCAUAAGUGCGAGUCAAAGAUCUGUAUUAUUU